AUGCAAACACGUUCAACAUUAGAUACAAAUUCAAAUAAUUUAUUUACAAAUAUUGAACGAUUAGGUACACGUGAUUUAUUAUUCUAUGGACAACUUUCAUAUGAUACUAUAUUAACAUCAAUCCAAAGUAAUAAUACAUUACCAUUAUCAGUUAAUGUUCAAUUAUAUAUCUAUCUGAUUUAUUUUAUAUUACUUGAACAAAGAACUAAAGAAUAUAAUGAAUUAUAUAUAAAUUUAAUUGAACGUAAUUAUAAAUUAAUAACUAAAACUCAUGCAUAUGCAUCAUGUUUAUUCAUGAAGUUGAUUUAA